UCUCAAGCCAUCAAGACUCCCACUGCCAUCUACUGCUCCGGCCAGAUCCCUCUUACUGCCGAUGGCACCCUGAUUGAGGGCACCAUCGCCGAGAAGACCAGAAAGUGCUGCGAGAACCUGGAUGUCGUUCUCAAGCAGGCUGGCUCUUCCCUGCCCAGAGUCGUCAAGACCACUAUUUUCAUCUCUGACAUGGCUCACUUUGCUGAGAUGAACGGAGAGUACGAGAAAUUCUUCUCUCACAAGCCUGCGCGAAGCUGCGUUGCAGUCAAGACGCUCCCCAAGGGCGUCGAUGUGGAGAUUGAGGCUAUUGCCCUGCCAUAG